CGCUGUGGACUUUCAUAACGUACAAACACUGAUCGAAUCAUCACUAACCACGUGUCCCCCCUUUCCCUAUAAAAGAGUAGUAAGCCCCCCUACCAUGCGCACUGCGGUUCCAAAACCUGCCUACCUUCCUUCCUCCUCUUAUUUCCAUCAUUUCAUUUUCAUCACCAAAAAAAAAAAAAAAUCAAAUAAAAUAAAAAUUAUAUAUAUAUUCCUCCGAAUUUCAAUUUCUCCUGAAAAUUCAAAAAAAUAAAAAGGGAAGAAAAUGGCAGAUGAUUCAACAGCGACCUUCAUCGACAUUGUCGUCGCGAUUUUUGUGCCUCCUCUCGGUGUUUUCCUCAAGUUCGCCUGCGGGAUUGAGUUCUGGAUUUGCUUGUUGUUGACGUUCUUCGCUUACAUCCCUGGAAUUGUGUAUGCUGUUUAUGCCAUCACCAAGUAGAUAUUCCUCUUUUUUUUAUUUAUGGUGAAGAUGCAGGGAGGGUAGUAAAGUCUUUGCACAUUUGGUGGUAGAAAUGGUAUGGUAGCCUAGUCCUUUUUGUAAUUCUCCUUAGUGGGAGAUUUUAGAUUUUUUGUUUUGCUUUUGGCAAUUAAUGUUUUUUUCUCAGCAACUGAGUUUAUAUGUUUGGGUAAUGGAGUGAUCUAUUUGGUAGACGAAAACAAAUGUCCAAGGUAUUAGGUGUAAUUUUUCAGGCCAUAGUGGAUUUAUGCAUAAUUAUACUAAAACUCAGGGGAGAG